AUGCCGCGCAAGGUGGCAGGGGCCUACGAUGAGGCCGACAUGUACGACUACGACGACGACUACGAUGACGAUUACGACGACGGGAUGGAUGCCUACGACGAAGUGCCGCGCCCAAUGGUCCCCGUGAAGGCUGCGAAGCCCAAGGGAGCGAAGGGCAAGGGCAAGGGAGCGGGUGCCGUGGGCUCCGCGGUUCAGGCGUCGGCCAAGGCAGCCAAGGACGCGGCACCUCCAGCGAAACCAGCCGCUCCCAAGGCACAACCUGCUGUCAGGAACGCGGCGGCCGCCCACAUCCCGCCCGAACCGUCUCCUCCGCACUCGGUCGCGGACGAGGUACCUUCCGCUUCACCACCGCCGUCGUCCACGGCCCCGAAAGGCCCCAGAUACCCCACGCGGCCAUUCGGCGAGUACGUGUUGCCACGCGCCCUGGAGCAGGCGUGCGCCGCCGCGCAGGCGGAGGACGGCGACGACCCCGGCGGCGGCGGGAAGCCGCUCAUCCACCUCGUGGUGCUCGGCCACGUGGACGCCGGGAAGUCCACGCUGAUGGGGCGGCUCCUGCACGACAUCGGCGCGGUGUCGCAGCAGCAGGUCCACAAGAACCGGCGCGCGGCGGAGCAGAUGGGCAAGGGGUCGUUUGGGUGGGCGUGGCUGCUGGACGAGCGGCCCGAGGAGCGCGCGCGCGGCGUGACGAUCGACGUGGCGAUGGCGCGCUUCGAGACGCAGCACCGGCGCGUGGUGCUGCUCGACGCGCCCGGCCACCGGGAUUUUGUCCCCAACAUGAUCACGGGGGCCUCGCAGGCGGACGCGGGGCUGCUGGUGGUGGACGGGUCGCCCGGGGGGUUCGAGGCCGGGUUCACGGAGCCGCAGGUGGGCGGCGCGGGGGGCGGGCAGACGCGGGAGCACGCCCAGCUGGCGCGGUCCCUGGGCGUCGGGCAGCUCGCGGUGGUGGUGACGAAGCUGGACACGUGCGGGUGGGACGCGGGGCGGUUCGAGGAGAUCAAGGGGCAGCUGGGAGCGUUCCUGAUGGGCCAGUGCGGGUUCAAAGCCUCGGCCCUGCAAUGGCUGGCUGCAUCAGGUGUCACUGGCGAGAACGUAGCGGCGCCGCCGACAGACGCGCAGAUGCUGACGUGGCACAGCGGGCCCACGGUGGUCGGCGCAAUCGACGCGUUCCAGCCGCCCCCGCGCGCCGUGUCGGCACCGUUCCGCAUGACGGUCCUGGACGGCAGCACCCGCGUGCGAGGCCUCGGCACCACGGCGGGAGGCAAGGUCGAGUGCGGCGCGGUCAUGAAGGGCUCGCAAGUGCUGCUGAUGCCAGCAGGCCUGCUGUGCAACGUCAAGGGCAUCGAACACCACGGAAAGGCGCGCGAGGUGGCGCGAGCCGGCGACUCGUGCGACGUCGGCCUCGGCGACACAGACGCCCUCGCCGUCGGCCGCGGCACCGUCCUCUGCGACCCGGCGUUCCCGGUCCACGUCGCCACCAAGCUCGUUGUCGAGGUGGUGGUCAUGGACCCGAAGAUGCCCAUCAUUCCGGGACGCUCGUUCGUGCUGCACGUGCACGCCGCGGCAACGCGCGCCGUCGUAUCGCGGAUCCUCGCCACCAUGGACCCCCGCACAGGCAAGGUGACGAAGAGCAACCCGAGGGCGCUCGCGAAGGGCCAUGCGGGCCUCGUGGAGAUCUCUGUGCCGGACGGCGUGUGCGUGGACGUGCACUCGGACUGCCGGGCGCUGGGGCGGGUCGCGCUGCGCGACGGUGGGGUGACGAGCGCCGCAGGUCUUGUCUGUAGUGUCUCGAGCGGCCUGUGA